UCAAGUGCCAGGGGGUUUCAACGUCGUCUUCAAAGCUUGUCUUUGGCAAUAGCUGGUCUCGAGGAAGGAAGAAAACGAGAAUCAGCGUAUAAAAUGGGAAUGACGAGAGGCCAUUCUGUCGCUGCCAUUUCUAUUGGUAUUCUGCAGUUGUUGUUUUCCGUUGCUUUGAUCAUUCCCUCUUUCGUUCUUUCGAGCUAUGGCCACGGCGUCAACACAUCCUCAACGCCAUAUUGGUGUGGGUUCCCGUUCUUUCUCUGUGGAAUUUUUGGCAUUUGUGGAGGUGUUACCAAGAACCAUUGUUGUAUGAUUACAUUUUUGGUCUUCAGCAUUAUUGUCACAGUCAUUUCUGCAUCAGCAUCGCUUAUUGUCACUUUAGCUCUGUCCUACUGGGAUGUUGCAGUUGAUCUUUCUGACUGUACCACUGUUGGAGACUCUUGCGUUUGUCCAGGUGACCAAAUUUAUGAAGUGGAUGACUGCUCCUACCUGAGCAGCAUCAGAGCUGUGAUUGUUGUGAUCAUGAUUGUCUGCUACAUCUCCACUGCUUUGGCCCUGGCUGGAUCAAUUUUGGGCUGUGUUACAACUUGCUGUGCCCCACCUGAUCCCCCCAUGAUGGUUAUUGCUCAGCCAACAAUGGCCCCCACUGGUGUGGUGGUCUCUCAUUCAUCCAUGCAGGUUAGCGGAGCGGCUCCAAUGGCUUACCCCCAAGGGGCUUACCCCCAAGGUGCUUACCCUCAGGGUGCUUACCCUCAGGGUACUUAUGCUGGACAGGCCAUGUUCACAGAGCAAACAGCAAAGACUCAUGACAAGGCUCCCUUGGUUGUGUAAACUGUUGUCACAGUUUUGAUAUUUCCUUUUUUUCUAGAUUAUAGUUGUUGUAAGUUUCAGUGCAUAGUUGGCAUCUAACUCAGUGUGUAGUCAUAAACUAAAGAAUUAGAGCCUUUUUUUAUCUUUCCAAAAAGAAAAAUUGAUUCAAAAGUUUUUUUUUUUCAUAUCAAGAAUGAUUCCAGUUCGUUACAGGUUAGGUACCACAUGGCAGAUGGAUAUUUUCCUCUCCAUUGUUUAUGAUUUAGCAAAGAAGGCUUUGUUUAUUAAUGUAUGUGCUUUGUGACUGUACAACGGGUUUGCUUUUUGGUAAAAAAGCUGAACAACUUCCUGUAGCAAUAAAAGUUCUUAGCAUUCUUUUAGACAUUAGCCUGUCAGACAGAUUUCUAUAUGUUAGUCAUAU